CGUUUGUCUGUCGCAGACAGUGUAACCACAAAUAAACGAAGUAGCAUGGCUCAGUAUGGUGGAGCACCCAAUCCCUUCGCUGGUGGCGGUGGUGGUGGUUAUGAACAACAGCCCAGCUAUGGUGGUGGCGGUUAUGGACAGCAGAUGGGCAGUUACGAGCAAACAGGUGGUGGUUAUGAUCAAACGGGUGCGGGCUAUGAUCAAACUGGUGGCUAUGGUGGACAAGGCGUCGCUGGUGGUUAUGGCGGCGGCAUGCCCAAUGCUGGAGUAGGUAGUGUACCACAGCAACCAUAUGGUGUGGCAGCUCGUCCACGUGUCGAUGUAGAGGCUACUGGUGAAGUGGACCCGACGCUCUACCCCGAAGCCAAGGAAUCAACGCACAAAAUACGCAGUCAUGCUGAUAUUAUCGAAAUGCUCUUCGGUCCCACCGAACACGAACUCAUACCGGUGAAGGCCUUCUAUUUCUUCUUCUUUGCCGCUUUUGGUUCGCUUUUUCCACUGAUGGGUGUCUAUUUCAAACAGAUGGGCAUGAAUCCGGGUCAGUGUGGUAUAUUGAUUGGCAUGCGUCCGUUUGUGGAGUUCUUAUCGGCGCCCUUCUGGGGUUCCUAUGCAGAUCGCUGCCGCCAAGGUAAAAAAUUGCUUUUGGGUUCGCUCGCCUGUUGGGUUCUCUUCACCAUACCGUUGAGUUUCAUUAAACCAGAAGCUGUGAAUUGUAUCGAACGUAAAAAUGAGACGGAUUUCGUUUUGACUCUGACACGCACCAAACGUGAUCUUUCCGCCUAUGAUAUGGCCGACAUGAAUAAGGAGAGCGUGGGCAGCAUCAACCCACAAGCAGCUUUACAAGGUGUUGCCACGAUGCCGGCCAGCGAAGUGGUGGAGGAGUCGCAUAGGAGACGCAAACGUUCGCUUAUUCCUCGUAUUGAUGCCGGCAUCUCACCCAUCCAUAUAAACUUUGUCAGCAAUUACGAUGAUAAACAGCAUCGCGACUAUGUUAGCCCGAUAUUCUCGUCCAUGGUAUAUCGCACACCAGACAUACAAAAAGCAUUCUUCCUGCUUUUGCUCGUCAUACUCAUAGGUGAGUUCUUUAGCGCUCCAGCCAUCACACUCGCCGACUCAGCCGUCAUCACUUUGCUCGGCGACGAUGCAGACAAGUAUGGCCAUCAACGCAUGUUUGGCUCACUCGGUUGGGGCAUUUCCAUGUUCGUUGUCGGCAUUGUACUCGAUCAUUCGACACGCUUCUCACAUCAUCCUUGCGGCGCUGGUCACAUGGAAAAGAACUACAAUAUCUGCUUUGCCAUUUUCUCGAUAUUGAUGACUUGUGCCAUAGCGUCGGCCUCGAAGAUCACAUUUAAAUAUGAUCCAAUCGAACUUGACCAACAGACAGCCGAGAAUCCGGAUGCCACGGCAAAUAAGCAAGCCGAAGAUGAGUCCAUGGCCGAGUUAGCUGCGCAGCUUAAUUUGCCUUCAUUAGCGGUUGGUAGUGGUACGGCUGCAGUUGGCAAAGCACCACCGGCCGCAGUGGGUGCACAAUCGAAAAUAUUUGCUCAAACUACUAAGGAAAUGCCCGAAUGGCUAACUGUCUUGACACAUUUUAAGGAUAUGAAAACCAUUUCUUUCCUGUUCGUCGCUUGGUUCAUGGGCUUCGGCAUCGGUCUGAUUUUCACGUUUCUCUUCUGGCAUCUGCAAGAUUAUGGCGGCACCCCGACGCUCUUCGGUGUUGCCUCUGUGAUCAACCACGUUUCCGAGAUCUUUGCAUAUUUCUACAGUUUCCGCUUCAUCGCACAAAUCGGUCACAUCAAAGUGUUGUGCCUGGGCUUGGUUGGUAAUGUGUUACGCUUCUUGUACAUCUCCUACGCGACCAAUCCUUGGAUGGUCUUGCCAUUCGAGCUGAUGCAGGGUAUCACACAUGCCGCCGUUUGGGCUGCCUCCUGUUCGUACAUUGCGCACUGUACACCCAAACAUUUGCGAGCCUCGGCCCAAGGCGUACUACAGGGUAUACAUCACGGUCUAGGACGUGGCUGUGGUGCGAUCAUUGGCGGCAUGUUCGUCACAUACUAUGGCACUACGGAAACAUUCCGCGGCUAUGGCUUGGCUUGUCUUGUGGUCUUGGGUGUUUUCGUUUUCGUGAACUUCUAUCGCAAAGAUCAAGGCUUCAUUUCGGAAUUGCCACCUACGGAGGAUCCGCGUCAGGUGGCCGAAGAGACCUCACAUCUGGCGCCACACGGUGUACCCAGUAAUCCGAUACCGCGUGCGCUUUCCAAUGCGCGUCUAAAUGAGAUGAAUCCCAAUGGUGGUACAGGCAACAGCUACGGCACUUAUCAGACUACGGGCGGUAAUCUCGACAUACCUGGCGCUAAUCCACAUAAUCCUUUCGCGCAAUGAACUGAAAACCACAUUGAAGUUGUAGUGAAUUUUGAGAAGUGAUUAGCGAGUUUUUGAUGAUUUUGCAUU